AUGUUACCUAAAGAGACAAUCAUAGAAUAAGCUAAAAUUAUCAUCCUUCAGAAAAAGCCCAAUUUAAAUGUUGAAAAGUUCAUGAAAUUGGAUUUUAGUUUGCUUUGCUGGUAAACAGUAGUAAUCAAGCUUACUAUCCACUAAUUCGAAGAUGGCUUGAGAUAAUAUAUUGGAUCGUAUAUUACUUUGGUAGAAGGGAAAGCCAAACUGUAGAGAAUAUAGAUUGAAAAUCAAUAAUUAAUACAAGAAUUAGAACUUUUGACAGAUUAACCAUUCUAUUAUGGUUUAGAUUAUUUGGCAAAUGAUAAGGAAUUUUAUUAGAUCUUAGCUUUGUCUCAUUGCACUCUAACCAUAAUUAAGGAUGUUCGUAUACAAUAGAUAAUAAAAAAUUAUUAUAGUUUAUGCGAAUAUUAAGUGUUAGAAUCCUUGAGCAAAGUUUAUUUUUUAUAACAAGAACCAUCAGUUCUCAUAUCAAUGCUAAUCCACGAAUCAUCUCGAAUAAAAUUAUAAAAGGCUCAAUCAGUUUACAAAAUCGGUGACUCUGUAAAAGGAUUCUAUUUGGUACUAGAAGGGGAGAUAUGCAUUAAGAAAUUAGUAGAAUUACAGACAUAAUCUCAAGAUGAUAUAUCAAAUACAAAAAAGUCUCGAAAGAAAUUAGUCAUUCAAAAUAUUCUUUCCAAGGACCAAUAAUUUGGGGAAAUGGAAUUAUUUACCAGAGUCACUCAUAGAAAUGAAUUAGCAGAAUGUUAUUCAUUGGAAUGUGAUCUGUUAUUUGUACCAACUCAUUCCUUAGUGGAAGCAUAUUAAACUAAAUUAUAAGAUCCUCAUUUCUCAUUAGAAAAACUGUUUGAACAAUUUCAAGAAUACAUCACCUUAAAGAAUUCAAAGUAGAGUGAAGCAAUAACUAAAUACAUUCAAGUUAAUAAACCUCGAGCUCCGCCUAAACCAGAAAUGAAACCCACUUAUCCUUUAUUUAUGAAUUUACAGCCCAUUCAAAAUUUUAAGAACCCUGCUGAAAAAGCUUAACCUUCUCUUUAAAUAAUAAGAACUAGUUCAAUGUACACAUAAUCUUAAACUCAAUUAAAGAAGGUAAAUAAAUAACCUGAGAGUGUUUUUGUUAACUACUCAUUGGCUAAAUUAAAUAGGCAAGAUGGAUUGAUGACUGUAUCUUAAUAUAUUGAAAACAUCAAAUUGCAAUAAAGUGGAAAAUCUGGAAUAAGUGCUUAUUAAUAGAAGAAAAAGCUAAAAUAGAAUGCGUUAUCAGUUGUCACUGAAGAUCAAUAAAAAUUAAUAGACUAUGUGAGACAAUUGACUCCAUUGUAUAUAUCGAAGAAACGAAAUAGUGUUGGUUUGAGAAAAAGUCUACCUACUUCAAUUUAUUAAUCUGCAGGCAAAUCAAGUUACAUGAUGUUAAAACCAGAUUUUAGUAAGAUGUGA